AGGCAGAGGACAGUGGAACACCAAGUGAUGAGACCAACCUAUCUGAGGGUGCUGGUCUAGGUCUUAGAAAGUCCACUAGGACUUCAGUUGUUCCAAAAAGGUUUGAGGAUUAUGUGUUAAGUGGAAAUGCUAAGUAUAGUAUUGAUAAAACUGUGAAUUAUGCUUGUUUGUCUAAAGAAAACUUUAGCUUUGUUAGUUUGUUGAAUAAAACUCUUGAACCCACUUGUUAUGAUGAGGCUGCUAAAGACCCUAGGUGGGUCGAGGCAAUGAAUAAGGAAAUGGAGGCCUUAUUCAGAAAUAACACCUGGACACUUGUUGAUUUACCCCCUGGUAGAAAACCCAUUGGCUGUAAAUGGGUUUAUAAGGUCAAGUACAAGUCUAGUGGAGAAAUAGAAAGGUUCAAAGCUAGACUUGUGGCCAAGGGGUUUAAUCAAAGGGAAGGCUUGGAUUUUGGGGAAACCUUUUCACCGGUAGUGAAAAUGGUAACUGUGAGAUGUAUAAUUGCCCUUGCUGUUCAAAAUGAUUGGCCUAUGUUUCAGCUUGACAUUAAUAAUGCCUUCUUGUAUGGCACUAUUAAUGAAGAUGUGUAUAUGUGUUUGCCUAAGGGUUAUUAUUCUCCUGAUGAGACUAGAGUUUGUAAAUUGGUUAAAUCGUUGUAUGGGCUGAAACAGGCCCCUAGGAAGUGGAAUGAAAAGUUGAGCAGUGUUCUUGUUGAUUAUGGUUUUGUGCAAAGUAAAUGUGACCAUUCUAUGUAUGUGUUGUCUAGAAAUGGUGUGUUUAUUGUGCUUCUUGUGUAUGUGGAUGAUAUUGUUGUUACUGGGAAUAAUAUUGAUGAAGUGAAUAAAAUUAAGGGUGUUUUGAAUUUGAAUUUUCAAAUCAAAGACUUAGGUAAGUUGAAAUAUUUCUUGGGUAUUGAGGUUUUGUAUAACAAGUCUGGUGUGUGUUUGAAUCAAAGAAAAUAUUGCUUAGAACUUCUAAGUGAGUUUGGGUAUUUAGCUUGUAAACCUAUUAAAACACCCAUUGAACAAAGUUAUCUAAUAACUGCCAAGAUUUCUAAAAACCAAAGUGUUUUGAAAAAUAUUACUGGUUUUCAAAAGCUGGUUGGUAAGUUGAUUUAUCUUUCUUUGACACGACCGGAUAUCAGUUAUGCUGUGCAGUUUCUGAGUCAGUUUAUGCACAGCCCAACUGAUAUGCACUUGCAGAUUGCUUUAAGAUUAUUAAGGUAUCUCAAGUCAGGUCCAGGUUGUGGUUUGCUGUUUAAAAAGGAUGAUAAGUUGGGUUUAGUUGGUUUUGUAGACUCAGACUGGGCUAAAUGUCUAUCUACAAGAAAGUCUGUGACUGGUUAUUGUGUAUAUCUUGGUGGUUCAUUAGUUUCUUGGAAAAGCAAGAAACAGAGUACUGUUUCUAGGUCUACAGGUGAGGCAGAAUAUCGUGCCAUGUGUUCGGCAACAUGUGAGAUUAUGUGGUUGCUGAACUUAUUGAGAGAAGUUGGUGUUAACUGUGAAUUACCAGUUAAAUUAUACUGUGACAGUAAAGCUGCUAUAUCUAUAGCAGCCAAUCCUGUCUUCCAUGAAAAAACCAAGCAUUUUGAGGUUGACCUUCAUUUUCUGAGAGAAAAAGUUGGUUCAGGAAUUAUUGAAACAGUUAAGGUUGACUCUGAGAGUCAACCUGCAGAUGGUUUUACAAAAGGGUUGAGUGUUGAGCAGCAUAAGGUAUUCUGUGAAAAGUUAGGGAUGGUUAAUUGGUUUUCAUAUUUGAAUGAAGAGGGGAUGUUGAAAGAAUGAUAGCUUAUAUUGUUUUUAUAUAAAGUGUUCAUUCAAAUAUUCCAUUUUAUAAUCUCUAACUGAUUGACAAAGUUGUUGUAACAGAUUGAUAUAGUUGGAGGGCCUUAUUGCAACUUUCAUUGAGUCGGUGUAUAUUGGGAGAUAGUUCAAGGGUGCUGGAUGUAACAUUAGAUAUUUGUGGUAUAUAAUGAGAGUUUCUCUCUCAUUGUUCUAGAUCCAUCAUCUCUGUUCAUCUUCCACAUUCACUCCGAUCUAGUUUCACCCUUUGUAUUUCUUGUUGUUGUAUUGUACUGAUCUGCUGGUGUUGUUGGUGAGAUCUCAACUGUGAGAUCAAGCUUUGUAGAUCAGGUUGUUUCUUUCUGUAUUGUUCUUGUUUGUAUUGUAUUCAUAUAGAUCAACUGAUUAAAUCAGUUGAUCUGAACAUCUGUUCAUAUAGAUCUUACAUUUAGUAAGAUCAUUGGGUAUUGGGGGGUGUUUUCUGGUUUGGGUGAAUAAUAAGAUUUUGGUCACUGUUUUGUCGCUAUUGCUUUGUUCUUGUUCUGUGUGAUUGAUACCAUAAGUUUUCUACAAAACUCUAAUUCUUCACUUCAAAGUCAUCAUCUUAACAAAACUCUAAGCAUUUAUGGUUGAUCCGUUCUCCACUGCGGCAUUCUAGGGUUUCACCCGCGAGCCUAAACCCAGGACCGGCCCUGAGAAUUCAUGUACCCUGUUCGAGCUCGAAAAAACGUGCCCUUAGGGCCGCCCAAAAUUCUUUUUUUUAUUAGUUUUUAGAAAAUAUUUGGGUAUUGGGCUCAUUAACCUAAUGGGCUAAAUAGUUUAAACAAUAUGAUUUUUUUAAGUGUGCCUAUGUUAAUAUUUUUUUGGUUAUACCCUAUUAAAAAAAUCUGUUUACAUAUAUAAUGUCGGAUUUUUUUUUUAAAUUGCGUGCCCUAUGAAAUCACGGGCCCUGUUCGGUUGUCCUCCCCGCCCUCCUUCAGGGCCGGCUCUGCCUAAACCCUACAUGGCUCAUGUCACAAUAAUUUAUUUUGGAGUCAACUAGAUCUCACUAUAGUUCACAUUUUCAAAAUUAUGACUCUUUUAUACCGAUCAUUAAUGACCAGCUUGAAGUACGGAGUUUCAGAUCUUAAUUUUGUUUUCUAAAUCGAUUCCAUGUUACCCGACGUGAUGUUUCUAUUCUUGUCUUCGUGUAUAAAUUGUCCAAUGGACUUGUUUACGAUCAUCACUCAUCUUCUUGAUCUUCUUCUUUCCCCGUCUGUUCGAACUUGGGGAGUUUCAUCAGUUGUUUUCAAUUAUUUAUUAGAUUCUUGGAAGGGUGUAGACCGAAAACAUGAACCAGACCGUUUUCCUACCGUUUUAUCUUGGAUUUCUGGCUUGGUUGUGUGUCUUCUGUGUGAAGGCUGAAGACCCAUACAGAUUUUUUACUUUUGAGGUUACAUAUGGAGAGAUUUCACCUCUUGGAGUUCCUCAAAGGGGCAUACUCAUCAACGGCCAGUUCCCUGCCCCAACCAUUGACUGCGUCACCAACGACAAUGUAAUUGUCAAUGUCAUUAAUAAGCUAGAUGAGCCGUUUCUUAUCACCUGGAAUGGCAUCAAACAGAGAAAAACCUCAUGGCAAGAUGGAGUAUUGGGGACAAACUGCCCGAUCCCGCCAAACGCAAACUGGACAUACCAUAUGCAAAUGAAAGAUCAAAUUGGAUCCUACUCUUACUUCCCUUCAACCAAGAUGCAUAGAGCUUCUGGUGGUUUCGGUGCAAUUAACGUUAGAGCAAGGGCCGUGAUUUUUGUCCCGUAUCUUAAACCAGUUGAGGAAUUCACUUUACUCAUCAGUGACUGGUGGAAAUCUGAUCACAAGGUUCUAUCUCAAAUUCUGGACUCUGGGAAACCUCUUCCUAUGGCUGAUGGUCUUCUCAUCAAUGGGCGUCCUUCUUCAACCUCUUUUACUGUUCAAGGAGGUCAAUUAUACAUGUUUAGGGUGUCAAAUGUGGCAUUGACUACUUCAAUUAAUUUUAGGAUCCAAAACCAUACACUAACACUUGUAGAGACAGAAGGAUCGCAUACUUUGCAAGAAGCGUAUGAAUCACUCGACCUUCAUGUCGGUCAAUCUGCUUCGUUUUUGGUCAGACUUCACGCUCCGGUAAAAGACUACUUCAUUGUCGCCUCAACUCGUUUCACCAAGCCCACUCUUACUGCUACCGGAAUCCUUCAUUAUGAUGGCUCCCAAACUAAAGCUUCUUUGCCACUUCCUGAUGGUCCUACCUAUCAUAUCCACUGGUCAAUGAAGCAGGCAAGAACAAUCAGAUGGAACUUGACAGCAAAUGCAGCUAGACCUAACCCACAAGGUUCAUAUCAUUAUGGUACAAUCCCGGUAACAAGAACAGUUGUGCUGGCUAAUUCGGAAGCAAAUAUUAAUGGCAAGCUUAGGUAUGCCGUGAAUCAAGUGUCAUAUGUUAACCCAACAACUCCAUUGAAGAUUGCUGAUUUUUAUAACAUUUCUGGAGUUUUUAAUGUAAACUCACUCAAAGAUACUCCCCCUUCAUUCUCUCCGAUCUACGGUGUUUCUGUUCUUGGGUUCACUCUUCAUGAUUACGCUGAAAUCGUCUUCCAAAACAAUGAGAACACCAUUCAGUCAUGGCAUCUUGAUGGUUCAGACUUUUGGACCGUUGGGUUUGGUUCAGGCGUAUGGAACUCGACACUUAGGAGGAGAUUCUACAAUCUGAAUGAUGCUACAACAAGACACACUGUGCAGGUAUAUCCGAAAUCAUGGAGCUCAAUAUUGGUUUCUUUGGAUAACAAGGGCAUGUGGAAUCUGAGGUCUGCAAUCUGGCCAAGGCGAUACCUGGGACAAGAGUUGUAUAUUCGCAUAUGGAACGAUGAAAAGAGUUUUCACACUGAAUAUGACAUCCCAGAAAAUGCAUUAAGAUGUGGUUUGGCACCAUUGAAGUAGAAAAGAUCUUGAAUUAUUGUUGGAUGUAGCUUUGAUUGUAUUUUAUAACUUCUUUCCAUUUUUAGGCGGUUACGAGGGUGUAACCGUGUUAAAGAGGAUGAAAGAACUUGAUUUUCAGUAACCUUAAUAAGUUAAUAGUGUUUUAAAAUUCUUAUUGUGUAAUAUCCUCUGCCUUUUAAUCUCUUUUAAUUUCAGUAAUAACAAGAAUGGUGAAUGGUUGACUA